CAGAGCAAACAGCGCCGUGUUUACUCGGCGCGCCGGGCACCGGCAAAGCCGCCGCUAUAAGUGCGCGGCGGGCGCGCCGGCGGGCAGAGCCGCGGGGAAAGAUGCCGCGCUGCGACACGGGCUGCGCGCCGCGGGACGGCGCCUGGGGACAGGUGAGCUCCGCUGCGGCGGCGAGCGGCGCGUACCCGAAGCGAGUGAAGGUGGUGGAGGUGGGACCCCGCGACGGGCUCCAGAACGAGAAGAAUCUUGUGCCCACCCCAGUGAAGAUAAAUUUAAUCAACAUGCUGUCAGAGACAGGGCUGCAGGUCAUAGAGGCCACCAGCUUCGUGUCCCCCAAGUGGGUUCCUCAGAUGGCUGAUCACACCGAGGUGCUGCAGGGCAUCAAGAAAUCACCUGGCAUCAGUUACCCCGUGCUCACCCCAAACCUCAGGGGCUUCCAGGCAGCGGUGGCAGCAGGGGCCAAAGAGGUGUCGAUCUUUGGGGCAGCAUCUGAGCUCUUCACCCAGAAAAACAUCAACUGCUCCAUCGAGGAGAGCCUGGGCAGGUUUGAAGAGGUCAUGAGGGCAGCGAGGGAAGCCAGCAUUCCAGUCAGGGGAUACGUUUCCUGUGUCCUCGGAUGUCCCUAUGAAGGGAAGAUCCCUGCAGCUAAAGUUGCAGAGGUCUCCAAGAAGAUGUACUCCAUGGGGUGCUACGAGAUCUCCCUGGGGGACACCAUCGGCGUGGGCACCCCGGGCAGCAUGAGGGAGAUGCUGGCAGCGGUGAUGAAGGAGGUGCCCGUGGGGGCCCUGGCUGUCCACUGCCACGACACCUACGGGCAGGCCCUGGCCAACAUCCUGGUGGCCCUGCAGAUGGGGGUGAGCGUGGUGGACGCCUCCGUGGCUGGCCUCGGGGGGUGUCCCUAUGCCCAGGGAGCCUCUGGGAACGUGGCCACGGAGGACCUGGUGUACAUGCUGCACGGGCUGGGCAUCCACACGGGCGUGGAUCUCCAGAAGCUGAUGGACACGGGCACCUUCAUCUGCAACGCCCUGAACAGAAAAACCAACUCCAAGGUGUCUCAGGCCUCCUGCAGACUGUGACUCUGAGCGGGAUCUCUCCUUGCGUGAAGAAGCCGAGGCUCCAGCCCCGGCUGGGGUUCCUCUCUGCUCUCUGAGCUCCUGCCCAGCUCAGCAGUUGAGGGGAAGCCCAAAAUCCACCAGAAUUGGGAAGGAUGAGAGAACAGCCUGUCCUGUUGUGUCCUGUUGGAGCGUGAGGCCGUCCCCAUGUGCCUUGCAGAGGGGAGGCCGUGGAGGGCAGAGGAGAGCCCUGAGCAGAGCAGCUCCUGCCUGCAGAGCCAGGGACCAGCUCAGCUUGUGCAGUCAGAGCCGAGCCCUGCCUUCCUCUUCCUCUCCCCUCCACAAGCUGAGCCCAAACCUCCCCUGGUGCUGCCCCGGGGCCCCCUCAGCCUGCAGGGCUGAGCUGCUGCACGGUGUAUCUGUUGUAAGAUACCCUGGCACACCAGGAUAAUAAACACAUUAUUUAAUAGUCGAAA